GCGCCUCCUAGCGGCCAAACCUCGCGCUGGCCACCGUGUAAAACCCUGGCCGAACAUUAUUUCUCGCCUCAUAGCCAGCCAGAACUCCCCACCCUCUCUCCCGGCGUUUUGUCUUUUCUUCCGUUUCCCCUCACGCAGGGAGUCGUCAUCAUGCCACCCAAGAAGGACGCGAAGGGAGCUGCCUCCAAGCAGCCCGCCAAGACCCCCAAGAAGAAGGAGGGAGGAGGUGGCAAGGCCAAGAAGAAGAAGUGGUCAAAGGGAAAAGUCCGUGACAAGCUUAACAACCAGGUCCUUUUCGACAAGGCCACUUAUGAUAAACUUCUCAAGGAAGUCCCCGCUUACAAGCUCAUCACACCCUCUGUUGUGAGCGAAAGGUUAAAGAUUCGAGGAUCUCUUGCUAGGAAAGCCCUUGAUGAACUUCUCCAAAAGGGUCUGAUUAAACAAGUUGUUCAGCAUCAUGCCCAGCUGAUCUACACCAGAGCUACAAAGGGAGACGAUCCUGCGUAAUUUUACUUUUCUUUAUAUACGUAAUGAUGUUAUUUAUUAAUAAAUAAAUAUUGUCAUUGCCAA